CCCGAGUACCUGUGUGAUAUAAUUUUUGUUUAGUAAACUGCUAUAAUACGAUUACAAUUUUAACUAUUUUUAUAGUGGAAUUUUAUUUUAUUUUUCAAUAGUUCUAAUAACGAUAAGAUAAUCAGAUAAUGUAACUAUUAAGAUAUUUUGUUUUAAGAAAAAGAUCAUUUUGGUUUUAUUCUUUAACUAGACCCAUACCAAAGUUUAUGUGAUAUUCGUGUAAUAUCUGGUUAUUUAGUGUUUUUAUAAUUUUGUUAUUGUUUAAAUAUGAAUAACGCUGAAAAAGUAGAGUUGCUGUUAAUUUAUGGCGAAUGCCAACGUAAUGUACGUCUAUGUGCUAGGACGUAUUCCGAACGAUUCCCAGAAAGAUACCAUCCUCCUCAUAAUUACAUCUUAAGACUUUUACAAGGAUUAAAUCAAGAAGGGAGAUUUCCUGGCAGACAAAUCAACCAACAAAGGCGUAGAGCAGUAUUUGACGAAGAUACAGAAUUACAGGUACUAGCAUACAUACGAGCUAAUCCACGUUCAUCAAUUAGGCAUAUUGCUCGCGAAAUUGGAGUUUCAUAUGGUUAUGUCCAAAAAAUUCUAAAAAAACACAAAAUGCACCCGUAUAAAUGUGAUUUUGUCCAACAUUUGCGUGCAGGAGAUUCUACUCGUAGAUUAAAAUUUAUAGCUUGGUUUAAUAUUCAGUUUCAUUAUAACCCUUUAAUUGUCAAUCGUAUUCUUUGGAGUGAUGAAUCAAAAUUUAUUAACAAUGGUAUAAUGAAUAAACAAAAUCAUCGAUACUGGGAUGACACUAACCCACACUGGUCACGUGAAACUAAUUUUCAAACAGUCUGGGGUAUUAAUGUAUGGUGUGGGUUAAUUGGUGGGAAACUUAUAGGACCGUACUUUUAUGAUGGCACGCUUAAUGGCAGGCGAUAUUUAAAUUUUUUAACCAACGAACUACCAGGACUAUUGGAUGAUGUUCCGUUAGACACGCGAGAACAUAUGUUUUUUCAGCAAGAUGGAGCACCAGCACAUAAUGCAAUUAUUGUUAGACAAAAAUUAAAUCAAAUAUUUCAGAACCGCUGGAUUGGUACUUAUGGCGUGGUUCCUUGGCCGGCACAGUCCCCAGAUUUAACGCCAUUAGAUUUUUUUUUAUGGGGACAUUUGAAGACAGUGGUUUAUAAAGAUCCACCUGUCAAUGUUCAAGACUUAAAAAAAAAAAUACAGGCAGCAUGUCAAAUUUUAAGUGAGGAACAAAUCAACGCGUCAACUUCGACUGAAUUUUUGAAGCGAUUCGAAUCAUGUUUAGAACAUAAUGGUGGACAUUUUGAACAGUUUAUAAGAUAAAUUAAUUUUUUUACAACAUUAAUAUAACUAUUACAAGCAGUUUAUAACUAUUUUGUUAUAAGAACAUUUAAUUUAUUAAUAUUAGUUAAGGGAAUAAAAAAUACUGUACACUAAAAAUUAUUUAAUUACUUCAAAUGUAUUAUUUCUUAAUUAUUAUUAUUAUUAUUAUUAUUAUUAAUCUGGUUAUCUUAUCGUUAUUAGAACUAUUGAAAAAUAAAAUAAAAUUCCACUACC